AUGGAGACGGACGAGCUCCUCCGCGGGCUGGGAGUCACCGCGCGAGGCGAGCGCGACGUCGCGAGGGAGGUCAUCGAGGACGCCGCCGCGCGCGCGGCGGAGGCGGAGGCGACGGCGCGCGCGAAAAAACGAUGUGAUGAUGAUGAACGCGACGACGAUCUCCCCGCGGCGUCGGCGAACGCGACGACGACCGACGACGGAGGCGAAGGCGAGGGCCAGCGCGGCGGCGACGGCCCCGCGCUCCGCGAGGUCUCGAGGCUGCGGACCGAGGCGGACGGCGUCGCGCGAGAGCUCCUCGCGGUGCGAGACGCGCUCGACGAGAUCCGCGCGAGCGAGCGCGACGGGACCGCGCCGUCCGACGCAGCGCUCGUCGUCGCCGUCGGGAACCGACGCGUGACGUCUCUGGAGGAGAAACGAGCCGAGCUCGCGGUCGCGGUCGCGGCCGCGGAGGCGUCCGCCGCGGAGGAGGCGUCCGCCGCCGCCGCCGCCGCCGCCGCCGCCGCCGAGCGUCGCGGACGCGGGACGGACGCGACCGCCGCGUCGGGGUCGGGAUCGAAGACGAAGAAGAAGAAAAAAAAGCCGAACGCCGCCGCGGCGCUCGUCGAGGACGGCGACUUGGACGCCCUCCUCGACGCCGAGGAGGGCGGCGGCGACGGUGGGCGCCUCGGGGAGACCGAGCGCGAGCGGCUGAUACGCACCGGGGUGAUCACCCCGUUCGCGGCCGUGGACGGGUUCGAGCGAAGGGUCAAGGUGCAGCAGACGACGGACGCCGCCGCCGGGGCUGUAGCGGCCUGGAAAGCGGGAAGGAGCAAGUCGAAACUCCUCACCGGCGACGCGGUCCCGAAGCAGUACCCGGCGGCGAGGCCGUUCAACGCGUCGAACCGACAAGGCGCCGGCGGCGGCGAGGGCGCGAAAGAGGCUGCGAGGCGGAUGGCCUCGAAGCGACGGGAGUGGCGGCGGAACAUGAACGGCGAGGGCGGGGAGGCGCCGAAGCGGCGACGGAAGCGGCGGCAGCGGGACGCGGCGUACAGCAGCGACGAGGACGUGGAGAUCAUAGAGGACGAAGUAGAAGAAGAAGAUGACGAAGAAGAAGAAGACGGCGUUGAGGCGCCGCGAGAGGUCGAGAUGGCGCCGCCGGAGAACGGUGCCGCGGACGCGAAGGAAGAGGAAAAGGACGCCGCCGUCGUCGCCGGCGGCGGCGGCGGCGGAGGGAAGUGGUCCUGCCCCGGGUGCACGUUCGCGAAUUCGACGCGCGCGCGGCGGUGCGAGAUGUGCGAGACCCCGAAGCCGGUCGUUCCGAAGCGCGAACCGGCGGACGACGACGACGACGACGUCGUGUUCGUGGGGGAGGUCGCCGCGGCUGAGGGCGGUGCGCGAGAGCGAGCGCGCGGGAAGAGGGAGAAACCGGCGACGGCGACGGCGACGGCGACGGCGACGGCGACGCGCGCGAGUCCGCGCGCGAAGCCUAAGCCUGCCCCGCGACCCUCCACGGCGCCACCGCCGCCGAGACGGGCGGCGGAGACCGCGCGAGCGCGCGCGCGAGGCACCGCGGCCGCGGAGGCGGACGACAUCAGCGGCACGGACACCGGCGAGUCGGACUGGGACGGGGACGGAUCCGACGACGCCGACGGCGGCUCCGACGACGACGACGACGACGUCGAGCCCGAGAGCCCCGAGGAUCUCGAGGAGAUCGCGCCCCCCGCGCGCGGUCGCGGUCGCGGUCGUCGGCGUGCCUCCGACGCCGCCGCGGCGGCGCCUCGCGGCCGCCGCCGCGCCGCCGCAGCCGCCGCCGCUCGACAGAACCGACGGCGCGAGGCGAACCGUCCCGCGAGGGAAGAGGAAGAGGAAGAGGACGAGGAGGAGGAAGAGGAGGAGGAAGAGGUCAUCUUCGACGGCGGCCUGCGGCUCCCCGCGGAGACGUACGACCGUCUCCUCGAGCACCAGAAGACGAGCAUCAAGUGGCUGUGGGAGAUUCACUGCCAGCGCGCCGGCGGCGUCGUCGGAGACGAGAUGGGAUUGGGGAAGACCGUCCAAGUCGCCGCGUUUCUGUGCGCGCUCGAACGCUCCGGUCUGUACCAGCCCACGCUCAUCGUGUGCCCGGCGACGAUGCUCAGGCAGUGGCGCCGCGAGCUUCGCGCGUGGGCGCCGAAGCUGAACUGCGGCAUCCUCCACGAGAGCGCGGUGAGCGCGGCCUCGCGCGCCGCGGCGCGCGGAUCGAAGAAACAGGCGCGGUGUAACAUCAUCCGCGAGCGCGUCCGAGACCCGAAGGGCGUCCUCCUCACGACGUACGAGCACCUGCGCGUGAUGCGCGAUCAUCUCUUACCCGUGCGGUGGGGGUACGCCAUCUUGGACGAGGGACACAAGAUACGAAACCCGGACGCGGACGUGACGAUAUGCGCGAAGCAACUUCAGACGGUGCACCGGCUCGUCAUGACGGGCGCGCCGAUUCAAAACCGACUCGCCGAGCUCUGGUCGCUGUUCGACUUCUGCUUCCCCGGGAAGCUCGGGACCCUCCCGGUGUUCCAAGCGCAGUUCGCGGUGCCGAUUCAGGUGGGCGGGUACUCCAACGCGUCGCAGCAGCAAGUCACGACCGCGUAUCGAUGCGCGUCGAUGCUGAAGGAGCUCAUCUCCCCGUACCUCCUGCGAAGGAUGAAGGCGGACGUCGACAUUCAGCUCCCGACGAAGACGGAGCAAGUGUUAUUUUGUCCGAUGACGCAAGAGCAGCGAGAGGCGUACCGGGCGUACGUGCACUCGCGCGACGUCGAGGAGAUUCUCGAGGGCAGGCGCGAGGCCCUGGGGGGGAUUGACGUCCUGCGGAAGAUUGUGAAUCACCCGGAUUUACUCGAACGACGCACGAAAGCCGCGCACGAAAAGUACGGCGAAGUCGAACGCAGCGGCAAGCAGCUCGUCACGCAAAAAGUGCUCGAGCUGUGGAAAGAGCAAGGGCACCGAGUCUUGCUCUUCUCGCAGACGCAGCAGAUGUUAGAUAUUCUCGAGGCGAUGGUCGCGAAGGCGGGGUACCCGUACCGUAGAAUGGACGGCGCGACGCCGGUGUCGCAACGCAUGACGCUCAUCGACGAGUUCAACACGGACGCGAACGUGUUCGUGUUCUUGUUGACGACGAAGGUUGGCGGUCUCGGAGUUAACUUAACGGGCGCAGACCGGGUGUUACUGUACGACCCGGACUGGAACCCGAGCACGGACGCGCAAGCGCGCGAACGCGCGUGGCGAAUCGGGCAAACGCGCGAGGUCACGGUGUAUCGCUUAGUCACCGCCGGGACGAUCGAAGAGAAGGUGUACCACAGGCAGAUAUACAAGGAGUUCCUCACGUCCAAAGUUCUGAAAGACCCGAAGCAGCGACGGUUUUUCAAAGCGAAAGACCUCGCGGACUUGUUCACGUGGGAGGAGGAUAACCACGGACAAGGCGUCGGCGGCGACGGACAGAUCGAAACCGCGGAGUUAUUCGCGGAGGUCGAAGGCGAGAUUCGCGCCGCGGACGUCGCCGAGGCCGAGGACGACGAGGCCGAGGACGAGGACGAGGACGACGGCGGCGUCGGCGGUCUGACCGCGAAAGAUAUCGACGGCGCGUCGCCGGAAAGCGCGGACGACACCGCGUGGGACAUAGACGCGGACCCCGCGGCGGCGGCGGCGGCGGCGCGGAAAGCGGCGAAGAGCAAACCGGGCGGGAAACGAUUCACGAUCGCGACGGACCGCUCCGCGGGGGCGCGCGCCGCGCAGACCGGCGGCGACGGCGACGCGGCGAUCAUGCGAUCGCUCUUCGGCGGCGGCGGCGGCGGCGGCGGCACCGGCGCGGAGGGCGCCGCGGGCGAACCCUCGACGGGCGCGGGACUGAUCAGAGGCGCGAUGUCCCACGACGCGAUCAUGCGAGCGCCGAACGGCCGCGAUCACCUCGUCGGCGGCGGCGGCAGCGCCGCGCUCGAGGCCGACCGCGUCGCGCGGAGGGCGGAGGAGGCGCUCCGGCAGUCGCGCGUCGCGCGAGGCAGCGCGGGCGUGGCGGUGCCGACGUGGACGGGGCGGAGCGGCGCCGCGGGCGCGCCCGUCGGCGCCGUCUCCGCCGCCUCGGCGAGGCGGUUCGGUCGGUCCGUCCCCGGCGUCGGCGUCGGCGGCGGCGGCGGGCGGUUCGGAAGCGGCGGCGGCGGCGGCGGCGGCGCGGGGAUCGCGGGGAUAGGCCAAGGCGCGAUGGGGUCGCAGACGCUCUUGCAGCGGAUACGGCAGCGAGACGCCGCCGCGGGGGAGGCGGCAGCGGCGGCGGCGGCGGGGGCGGACUUCGACGAAGGCGACGACGACGCGGAGGCGGAGACGCUCUUGCGCGAGAUCGUCGAUUUCCUGCGAGCGCGCCCGUCAGGCCGCGCGCCGACGGGGCUCGUCGUGGACGCGUUCCAACACAGGGUGAGCUCGCGGCGGACGCAGAUGUUCCGCAGGUUGUUGAAGACGGCGGCGGCGCUCGAGAGGAACCCGCCGGAUGCCAACGGACGCGGCGGCGGCGCGACGUGGUGCCUGAAGGACGAGUUCAAAGACGCGUAG